AUGACUUAUCGAGCUGCUUCCCAUAAUAAGCUCGUCGAUAAGAUUAGAACGUGGCAGCGAACUUACUUCCUUCAUUUUGACUGGAUGACGACGGCAACAAAAGCGAACUUCAGUCUCGGUCGUAGGGAUAUCACCAGUCAGACCGCGCCAUCUAACGGAACUAGUCUUGACGAAAUCAAGGGGGAGGAUCGAAACACGAGCAACCAUGUUGCCGCAGGAGGCCACGCCUACGGCCCUGUUUUUUAUGGCUUCGUUCGUUUGGAAGAGAAAGAAGGAGGCCGCAGCUACGGGAUGGACGAAGAGUAUGUUCCUUACAAGGAUGACCCCGGUUAUGUCUGCUACUCGGAGGAGUGCAUAAACGCUGGAAGCACAAUUAGUUCCAACAUGGACCUCAACGUAAACCCCUGCAAGGACUUCCACAAAUUCGCCUGUGGAGGAUAUGAGAAUUUAACAACACUUCCACCAGGGGUUCCUUACCUGAGCGCGUUCGACGUGGCGGCGGACGCAUUGCACAAAAAGCUGGAACAAAUACUCGAUGUUCCAACGUCGGCCAAAGAUCCUGCAACACUGAGGAAAGCAAAAGCAUUUUACAAAGCUUGUCAGAACGAAGCCGCAAUUGACGCGGCAGGAAUUGGACCUUUACUCAAUUUAUUGGAUAAGGAUUUGGGAGGUUUUCCGAUGAUCACUAAAGAUUGGCAAGAAAAAAACUAUGAUUACAUGAGGGCAGCUGCUGCGGCUUUUGUAAAAGGAGGAAUUGGCACAAUUUCUCUAGAGCCUCACCCAGAAGCAUCGAGGGAGCACAUCAUCACGUUCUGGCCAGCCUCGUUGAACCUUCCCGCAGAAUUUUACUGCAAUUCUGAAUCAGGCAUCCUGGACGCCUAUCGAAACUUGCUAGUGAGAGUGGCGAUCAUUUUGCGGGACACCAAAGGCGCCACGGAACCGACGGAAGCAGAAAUUGAAGGCGAUGCCCGGGAAUUGAUCAACUUCGAGAUAGAAUUGGCAAAGCUUACGUGUGCGUUGGAAGUCAAGUACGAGGAACCACCUCCGUUUCUUGUUGUCGACCUCAAGGACAUUGCGAAAACCCGCUCGAACGACUUUAAUUGGGCAGGAUACAUCAUUGGAGCAUUUCGGGCGGCGGGUUUCAGCUUGGACCACAACGAACCCAUCAUGCUCAAAUACCCGCAGUAUUUCAGGGAAAUCGAAAAGAUUCAAUUGAAGCGGCGAACACUGGCGAAUUUCAUCAGUUGGAGAGUAGUCUUCUCAGUGUUGCCACUGCUCACGACGCAGACCCGGAAAGCGUAUUCAGCAUACACCAGCACUUUGCGACUGGGAGGACUACCCGAGCCUGACAGGAAAUGGGAAUGCACUGAAUACACAGCCAGGGCUUUCGAUAUUGCCGUGACAAGUGCCUAUGCCAAGAAGCAUUUCCCUCUGGAUUUGAAACGAGAAGUGGAGCAUCACGUGGAAACCAUCAAAGCAAGCUUUUUUAGACAAAUAAAAUCUCUCUCUUGGAUGAGCAGUGACACGAAAGAAAGAACAAAAGAGAAACUCCUCAACAUGGAUUUUCAAGUAGCUUAUCCAAGUUGGAUAUUGGAUCAGGAGGAAGUUCGUCAGUAUUAUAAAGAUCUCAGUGGAGACCCUACGGACUUCUUGAAGUUCGUCAUCAAUCAUUAUUCACCGUGGUCAUGGAAUCAAUACGCCAGCCAACUGAGAAAUCAGUUUGAACUGAAGGACUGGGUGGUCAGUCCAUUGGAAGUCAACGCUUUCAACUUGGUUGAUCUGAACAGAGCUGUGAUUUGCGUUGGACUUUUACAACCACCAUUUUUCUGGCGAGACAUAGACGUCAAAGCUCUGGACUACGGCCCAAUUGGAAUGAUCGUUGGUCAUGAAAUAACUCAUGGACUGUCGAUUGAAGGGCGUUUCUAUAACGCAUUUGCCAUUUUCGACGACUUUUGGACUCCGGACACGUUGGCAAAUUUCAGAAGUCUGCAGUCGGGUCUCAAGGAGCAGUACAGCCGCUAUACGCUGCCAUUCUUGGGUUGGGAAUUACCCGUGAAUGGAUCGGAAACGGCGGUUGAGAAUGCUGCGGACAAUGGCGGCUCUAACCAAGCAUUCAUUGCCUACGAAAAUUUCCUUUUCAGAGGCAGAAGAGAUCUAUCCCUGAGUGGAUUGGAGAACUUUACGCCUGAACAACUGUUCUUCAUCACCCAAGCAACAUGGAAAGAAGUCGAGUCCCGAAGCAUGGGUCGGGGGACGAUAUUGGCAGCAGUUGUCCUCGUCGCUGCUAUUGUCGCAAUCGAAUCUAGGUUCAUCCAACAUCCAAAAGAACGGGUCCCGGACCAGCGUAGCAUUCUCCUGAGAGACUUCCUGGCGAAACAAGGCAAAAACAAGGAGAACGUAGAACUCCGUCAGCCUGGGAUCAAGACCCCAGGAGCAACCCGACACAAUGUACCAGUUUUUCACCCCGACAGCAAAUCUCCAAAACACCACGUCCCUGUGCCCAAACCCAAAAAAGCUCCUGCGAAACCCAAACACCCACUGCUCAAAUCCCGCCGCAAGCCUCUGCUGACCAAGCAGCAAGAAAUCUGCCAAACCCCGGAAUGCCAGGAAUCUGCCAAUCGCCUGCUUGGUGCCAUGGAUCUGACAGCCAAUCCGUGUCAGGAUUUCUUCCAAUAUUCCUGCGGCAACUGGGUCGCUUCUCAUCCCAUUCCGUCCACUGCCUCCUCAAUCUCCGUGUUCAAUGAACUCAGAGACAAUCUUUCCAACAGACUCAGAGAGAUUCUCGAGGCGCAAAGGGGACAGAAAGCAAGCCAGGCUUUGAACAACGCCAAAAACCUGUACGAGUCUUGCAUAGAUCUCGGAACUGCGGAAUCCCUCGGAGUCCAGCCACUCCUCGAUGAACUCAACAGUGAUUACACGGGUUGGCCAAUGACGCAAAGCACUUGGGAUGAGACCGUCUUCAACCCAGUGACUGUCUUCACCAACUUGCUCACAAAGGGAGGCACUCAGUCUCUGGCAACAAUCUACGUUCUGCCAGACGAUUUCAACACCGACCAGACAAUCAUUUACAUGGACCAAGGAAGCCUCGGUCUCCCGAGGGAUUUCUUCUUGGUGCCCGAAUUGUCUGUCAUUUUGGAUGCAUACAAAGCCCUAUUGACCGGCACUGCGAAAGUGGUCAGAGACGCCACUAGCAGCGGUGUGACGGACGCCCAAAUCGAAGCAGAUGUCAAUGACGUCAUCGCUUUCGAAACCACGCUCGCCGAGAUACUCACUCCAGAUGAAGACAGACAGAACUAUACUGCCCUUUACAACAAAAUGACCAUUCCGGAGUUGCAGGCAAUCAGCGGCAACACGCAGCUGGACUGGAAAACCAUCUUCGACGCCUUGUUCGCCACUGUCAACGUUGAAAUCGCAGCCGACGAAAGCCUCGUCGUCCAGGCGCCGGAAUACAUCGAAAAGUUCUUCAACACGUUCGCCGGAGGAGCAAUUUCUUCACGCACAGUCGCGAAUUACUUGUCCUGGCGGUAUGUGUACGGACACGCGGAACUGACGUCGCAGGCCAUGCGAGACUUGUUCUUCCAGUUCGACCAAGUCGUGGCCGGGAUCACGGAGCCUCAAGAAAGGUGGUUGACCUGCUCAAACCUCGUCAACAAUGUCUUGGGGUUCGCCGUCAGCGGUCCGUACGUGUCUCAGUACUUCCCACCGGCCGCCAAGGAAGAGAUGUUGGAGCUGAUCGCGAAUCUCCGAGUGGCUUUUGACGAAAUCAUCGACAACUUGACUUGGAUGGAUGCGUCCACCAAGGAAAGGGCCAAGACCAAGCUUGAAGCUAUGAGAGAGUUCGUCGCUUAUCCCGACUGGAUCUUGGACGAUGCUGCAGUCGAUGCUUUCUACGACGGCCUCACAGCUGUUCCAGCAGCGUUGUUCCAAAACAUUUACAGCUACGACUCCUGGUCCUGGAAUGACAUGGCAAAGACACUGCAUGUGCCCACCAACAGGGACUUCUACGACUCCUGGUCCUGGAAUGACAUGGCAAAGACACUGCAUGUGCCCACCAACAGGGACUUGUGGAUCACUCAGCCUUCGAUCGUGAACGCCUUCUUCUAUCCGUCCAUGAACAGCAUCACGUUCCCCGCUGGGAUCCUUCAGCCGCCUUUCUUCCAGUCCAACAGCCUUCAGUCACUCAACUAUGGAGGCAUUGGAGUCGUCAUUGGGCACGAAAUGACUCACGGAUUCGACAACAACGGGCGCCAGUUUGACGAGUUGGGCAACCUCAUCAACUGGUGGACGCCAGCGACGGGCGACGCUUUCGUCGAAAAGGCGCAGUGCUUCAUCAACCAGUACACGAAUUACCUAGUACCGGAACUGGACUCGGUCAUUCCGGAAGCGCAUCUCGACGGACUCCAGACCCUGGGAGAAAACCUCGCAGAUAACGGAGGCAUGCGACAGGCCUGGAACGCGUAUCUGAGGUACAAAGAGGCGAACGGAGCUGAACCCGUGUUGCCCGGGCUCCAGCAGUUCACACCCGAACAGCUCUUCUUCAUCAACUUCGGCAACCUGUGGUGUGGUCACUACACUCAGGCCGGUCUCCUAAAUAUUGUUCUCAACGACGAACACAGCCCGGGAAAAUACCGAGUCUGGGGUUCGUGUUCCAACAGCGAACCGUUCGCUGAAGCUUUCGGCUGCACACCUGAGGACGACAUGUUCAAUGGCGAAAAUCUGUGCCAAAUCUGGUGAUAACCCUUCAUUCGGCAAACUGCCCGAGCGGAGAUGUUUCGCGUUACUUUCAGAAAUAUUUUAAGCGAUGAAAAAUAAAAUCGUAAAUUAAACGUGUUUUUUUUCGAAUUACUCACGCUGAAUGCAAAUCAUGGAC